AUGCUUCCGACAAACAUUUCAAUAUUAUCGGAUGAUCUUAUAGGCGGACCAAUACCUCCUGGUUCCACGUUGGACGUAUUCAUUCGUACUCAAUUGGUCAUGCGAGGUGGUACGAUCGAUGCUGGACGUGCACUAACAAAGCUUCCACUAAUCGAACCAAUCGUAUUAGUUGAUGAGUUUGAUACGUGGUAUUUCGAUCAUCUACACGGCCUCUUUGAAUUGAAUCUGGUACCCCAGCAACAAUUUUUUCCACGCAAGUGGAAAUUGGCUCCAAACGUAGAAUUGUAUUAUUUAUUUGAAUGGUUAAAUGAUAGUAUGAGUACCGAUCAAGAGAGUGCACAAACAGCAAAAAAUGUCGAUCGACCGAGUACUGUAUCAUUAGAACGAUUUGUUGAAGAUGUUUGUGAAAAAGAAAAUAAUGGUAUGGCUGAAGAAUGGAUCAAAGCUUUGAGGACCGAUCAUCUUUUCAGUUACGAUCAUCUUGUCAAUUUGAAAUAUUCAGAAUGGGAUCAAUUGAAACAGUUACCACUGAAUGGAAGAAAAAUUUUAAAAUCGUAUGUGGAUCGAGAAAAACAAAUGGCUACCGAUACUAAAGGAGGUACCAAGGACAAAAAAUCCGAUUCAAACAACGACAUUCGUAAACAAUUUUUGGAAGUUGGAGUACGACCUCCGGCUAAAUUAAAUGCUGAAUGCGUUCAAUUAUCAUUCGAUGAGAUGCGUCGUGAAGGUUUUGCUGAUGAUGGUCUUUUUGAUCAAAUGAAAUUGUUUUUUCUACCAUUAACCAUGGUUGAAGAAGAUUUGGCCGUCAAUGAGACACGUUGGAAGACAAUAUCAACGCGUACUGGUAAAUCGGAUAUCAUGAGCAAAUUAUCAAUACGGAUGGGCAUUAACAUGGUUGCACCUCCACUUGCUGCCGGUGAGCUCAAUCGACCGUUGGUCGGUGAGUCAGAACGUAUUAUUUCCGAUAUUUGUAUGCGUUGCCAUCGAAUACCAUAUCUUAUGUGUUGUGUAUCGAUCGAUGAAAUUGAUUCACUUGCACCCAAACGUAAAGAUGACACGAGCGAUGGAAAUGUGGCUAAACUGAGCGUUCUAUUAUCAGUAAUUGAUGGGAUUAAAGAUGUACCAAAUUUAAUGAUAUUUUGUGCUACCAAUCGUUUACACAUGAUGGAUGAUGCAUUUCUACGGCGUAUGUCUGGCAAAUUCUUCGUCGGACGACCUUCAUCUCAUGCUCGAAAGAGUAUUUUGAGUGGAAUAAAAUCUUGGCAUAUGCCACCGAAUUUACUCGAUAGUUUGACAAUGGCCACUACUAAUUUUAGUGGAGCAGCACUUCGGUAA